GGGCCUGCAGCCACCCCACAACAACCCUUGCAGCCACAACCAAGCAGCUGAUCACCCGGCCCUUUUCUCCUUGUUCCAUCGAUCUCUUCAUCAGAAUCAAACUCCUACUGCAACACCUAGCUGCGUGAAGUGAUAACACCUCAGGAGCACACAUCGCCAUGGCGCUGCAGCUGGAGCAUGAUGAGCACCAGACAGCAGGAGGUGGUGACCACCGAGCAACACCUCCUCCUCCUCCGAACAUGCUCACCUUUAGUAGCAGCAGCAGCAGCAGUGUCUCUUUUACUUCUGCUGCUACCAUCACACCCACUGCCACCACCAACCCCUCUGGCGCCGUCGUCCAUCCCAGCACCUCAAGCCCCCCGCCGUCGUCGACCACCGCCCGCCUCCGCCCCACAGCCAACUCCUACCCUCUCGUCCUCAAGUUCGAGGAAGUGGUGUGCAAGGUGAAGCUCCGGCAGCCGGCGGGCGGAUGGUGCGAGAUGCUGUCAGCGGCGGCGAGCGUGACAGUCGGCGGCGGGGAUGGGAGGAAGAAGAAGCUACCGGCGGCGGGUUCGGCGCGGGAGAAAACGAUCAUCAGCGGAAUGUCCGGGGUGGUGCGGCCUGGGGAGAUGCUGGCGAUGCUGGGCCCGUCCGGGAGCGGCAAGACGACACUGCUGACGGCGCUGGGCGGGCGGCACGGCAGCCGGGCGCUGCUGUCGGGGAAGAUCACCUACAAUGGGCAGCCCUUCUCGGGCGCCGUGAAGCGGCGCACCGGGUUCGUGACGCAGCACGACGUGCUGUACCCGCACCUGACCGUGGCCGAGACGCUGUGGUACACGGCGCUGCUGCGGCUGCCGCGCUCGCUAGGCGCCGGCGAGAAGCGGGCGCAGGUGGAGGCCGUGGUGCGGGAGCUGGGGCUCACCAAGGUCGCGCACAGCAUGGUCGGCGGCGUCCGCGGCGUGCGCGGGCUGUCCGGCGGCGAGCGCAAGCGCGUCAGCAUCGGGCUCGAGAUGCUCGUCGACCCCAGCCUGCUGCUCCUCGACGAGCCCACCUCCGGGCUCGACUCCACCACCGCCGCCAGGAUCGUCGGCACGCUCCGGCGGAUGGCGGCCGAGGGCGGCCGUACCGUGGUGGUCACCAUCCACCAGCCGUCGUCGCGGUUGUACCACAUGUUCGACAAGGUGCUGCUGCUGUCCGCCGACGGGUGCCCCGUCUACUACGGCCGCGCCGCCGACGCGCUCUCAUACUUCGCCUCGGUCGGCUUCGCCUCGCCGCUCUCCCUCAACCCUGCUGAUCUCAUGCUCGACCUCGCCAACGGUAUCGCAUUGCAGACGACGAAUGGCGACGGCGAGGGCGGCGAGGCGAGGAUGGCGGCGGUGACCGGAGGCAGCGAGAGCGAGCACAAGGAGGUGAGGGCGAAGCUGGCGGGCGCGUACGAGCGUCAAAUUGCGCCAGCGGUGAAGCUGGACGUCUGCGCCCGGGAGACGGCGGUGUCGGCGUCGUCGGGCGGCGGGCAGGUGGCGUCGCGUCGCGGUUCGUCCUCGGCGGAGUGGACGACCGGGUGGUGGAGACAGUUCCUGGUGCUGCUCCAGCGCGGGCUCAAGGAGCGUCGGCACGAGUCGUUCAACAAGCUGCGCAUCUUCCAGGUGCUGAGCGUGGCGACCCUGGCGGGGCUUCUGUGGUGGCGCACGCCGGCGGCGCACCUGCAGGACCGGACAGCGCUCAUCUUCUUCUUCUCCGUUUUCUGGGGCUUCUUCCCGCUCUACAACGCCGUGUUCACGUUCCCGCUGGAGCGCCCCAUGCUGCUCAAGGAGCGGUCGUCGGGGAUGUACCGGCUGUCGUCCUACUUCGCCGCGCGCUCCGCCACCGACCUGCCCAUGGAGCUCGGCCUGCCCACCGCGUUCGUGCUCAUCCUCUACUGGAUGGGCGGGCUGGAACCGAGCCCCGGGCCCUUCCUCCUCUCCCUCGCCGUCGUGCUCUACAGCGUGCUCGUCGCGCAGAGCCUCGGGCUCGCCAUCGGCGCCGUGCUCAUGGACGUCAAGCAGGGCACCACGCUCGCGUCCGUCAUCACCAUGAUCUUCCUCAUCGCCGGCGGGUACUACGUGCAGCACAUCCCGCCGUUCGUGGCCUGGCUCAGGUGGCUCAACUACAGCUUCUACUGCUACCGCCUCCUGCUCGGAAUACAGUUCCCCGGCGGCGGUGGGUACUACGAGUGCGACGGCGCCGGCGGCCGCCACGCGCUGUGCCCAGUCGCCGAGUUCCCGGCGAUCAAGGCCGUGGGGCUCGACAACCACUGGGUCGACGUCUGCGUCAUGGCGCUGCUGCUCGUUGGGUAUCGCGUCAUCGCCUACAUCGCCUUGGACCGCCUCAAGCCGAGGUGAAUCCAUGCAUGAUCAAUCCAUGUAGUAGAACCCGAUCGAUUACCUCGGGGCAAAGAGGGGUUAAUCAACAGCACGAGUUAAUUGAGUAGCUUGUUUAAUUUUUGCCGUUUCUUGGAGACAUGGAUGGAUGGUGAGAGUUGAUCAAUCGAUUGAUCAAGAAGGGGAAGAGAGGAUUAGUAGUAACUAAUGUUAAUUAUUCGGGCCGAAAUAAUAAGUACUGAUCUGUCGGGAGAAGAGGAGGAAGUACCGUACCUGGGAUGGAGUUGAGGCUCUGUAUAAUACAAAGAGGAAGACAAUAUACAGCUGCAGCUUGUCUCUGAAACUCUGACCAAUAAUUUUUGAGACCACUACUAAUUCAGAAACCUCUUGUGCCAUUCACAGUAUUCUAUUGCUUAUUAUUCAAUAUAUUUUCACAACAUUUCCAGAAUGAUAAUUUU